AUGGAUGAGAUUAAAGCACCGAAUUUACAAAUUAUCGAUGUCGUAGUCAGAAUCCAAUCGAUAUUCCGUGGUUACAGUUAUAGAAAGCAUCUUUCUAUGCUUGAUUUAGAGAAUAGAAACGCAUUAAAAAUCCAAAAUGCAUGGAAAUUUCAUCUUAUGCGUCAGAAAAUCCAAAAAGUUAAAGAAAUAUGUGCAUUAAAACUCAUAGGUCGUGUUGUUCAUCGCUACAAACAAAGAAAAAAUACACGUAAAGAAUUAAAUUAUCUUUCCAAAUUUGACGAUCUAUUAACAUAUUAUCCAUCAAUUUCAAGGGAUAUAUGUACUACAGAAUACACAACAAAGACAUUAACAGGUUCAAUCUCUGAUUUACCAAAUCCUUCCCCAACAAAAGCAUCAAAUCUAAGAGAAGCAUUAUCACGUGCCCGUAGUGAAGCUCCAAUUCCUGAACCUCAAGUACCUGAUGAAGAAGCAUCACCAAAAAAGCAAAAAUCAAUGAAACGAAAAACAUUUAUCGAUUUACCACCUCCUUGGCACGAUAAAGAUCCAAGAAGACUUGCACAGAACACUCGAGAUGAUCUUAUGUAUGAGCAAAAAGCAAAUGUUCAAUGGGCAAAAUCAGAAUUAUUACCUCAAUUCAUUUCCACAUUUAAUAAAUAUCUAGAUCAAUGCGAUGAUCUUCAAGCUCGUAAUGAAAGGUACUCGAAGCGCCUUGUUCAAUGUCCAUUUGUCUUUUUAUUACAGAGAUGUACAAAACCAGUUCAAGUUAAAAAGGCGAAAGAAAUACUUUGCUUCAACGAUAGAGGUCUAUAUGUAGUUGCUUCAUGCUCCUCAUGGGCAAUGCUUACUUUUGAGAACUUUACAAGCGACAGAGUCCUUAGAGCAUCGAAAUACCAAACUAAUUCACCUUUAUUAGACGUUGCCAUACAGCCAUUCAGUGGACAAGUAGUUGGUUUUGACAGUAGAUGGAACUUACAUAUAUUUGGACAAGGAGUUUCCAUCAUUUCCCGUAAAUUCAACGUUCCAAACAAAAUUCCAAAAUCUCAGAAUUAUUUGACAUUCGAUGCUUUCGGAAUGUUAUGGGUAAACUUACUGUAUCAAGGUGGACACAUAUACUGUGUUGAUCCAUUGACAUUACAGCCCGCUCUGAUGAUUUCUCGCGAAACAUUAUUUAAUAUUAAUUAUCAAUUUACAAAAUUAUCCGAAAUGACACCUGUUUCAUUCAACAAUGCACCAUACGGAUACAUCUGUAAGUUCACUGACACGAAUGACAUCUAUAUCUAUUCAAAUGAAUUUAAUCAUAAAUUCAUCAUCAGAAACAAAGACAUGAAAUCCAUUCCUCACGCCAAACAAUGCGGAAAAUACAUUGUUGUCUGGUCAUUGGACGGAAAUAUUAUAAUUUACGAACUACAUCAGAGAAUUGAACUCAUUAAAAAUCUUGGUCAAUUUUCUGUUCCUUCUCCACCGAUAGAUAUCUGUUAUACAGAGCAGCCACCAUGUUUCUAUGUAUCCUGUGAAGAUGCCACGUUAAGGUGCUAUCUCAGCCAGGACAUACAGAUUCCUCUUCGUAUUCCAGAGAACAAAUUAUUGAAUAAUUACGAGAAAAAGAUUGCUGAUACAAUUUUAGGACCAAUGAAAUACACUGAAUCAAGGAAAAUGUUCACAGAAUUCAGGUCACAAAGAUAUACAUCUGCUCCUGAGAAGAUUUAUGUUUUGACAUUAACAGACAAAGUUUCUUUUAUCGUUGGAAGUUUGUCAAACGGUUCUGUAUCGACAAUUUCGGUUGUAAACGAUAGCCAAAGUGUUCCUGCCAUUGAAUUUGAUAAAUUCACAUAUUAUGAGCCGUUGCAAGCUCAGAAGACAGGUAUAAAAGAGUGUAACCAGACAUUACAUCUGAGAGAUAACAAGAGAAAUGUGUUUUUGAACAAAAUGAGUGUUUUGGAUCAUUUUGAUUCGCUUGCAAUUUCCGGACAAAUGAGAAAUUUGUUUUAUCCUGGUGCUCAAAAGCAGUUUUCUCUUACAGAUCAUAUAAGCAAGGCUAUCUAUAGGCAGAUUUAUCCUUUCUUGCCUCAAAUCGAAGAAAAAAGAAUCUCCGCUUACGAAGCUUUUCAUUACAUGAAAAGAUCUGGAAUUUUGACAGAAAAUUUGUCGGAUUUUUGUCAAUUUUUGAUGAGAUUCGCUCCUGAAGACAAGAAACUAUCAAGUGAUGGUGAUAAACAAGAUCAAGAGCCAAACUUAAGUGUUUAUAACAAUCUUUUGCCAGUUUUUACUCAAGGAAUUCAUAAUUGUAUAACUGAUGUCACUUUUUCACAAGAAGAUAUUGAAAAUAUUAUUAAGCAAAUUAAUCCUUUGAGAUGCUUGAACUAUUCCUUGAGUUCUUUCACAGUUUCCAAAGCUAUGGAAGGCAAAGAUGCUGAGUCAACAUCAAGAAGAUGGCUUUCAAAAUUCCAAAUUGAUACUUUAUCGAAAAAAGUGACAAAAUUAGAAAUUUUAGGAGAUUUGGUUAAGCAUGAAUUGAUGAAACGCGUUCAAGAAUCCAUAAAUAAAUCAUUUGAAAAGAAUCUUUUGGACAAAAUGCUGCCUGUUCAGCCAAUUGAUUUGAAAUUGACACAAAAAGAACCAGAUCCAAACAUAAAAUUCUGCCAAAUGCCAUUUAGAAAUCCAGAAUUGACCGAAAUCUUCCAUCGCACGUCAUUUGAACUCUUCCCAACACAUGUUCAAUACGGAAGAGACAUGGACCAAAAACAAUUCUUGAGAAUGUUCGUUUUGACACCAGAAAUUUACAAAAAAUUGUCAGUACAAAUUGACAACGUGUCAAAAUAUUCAUUUGUCAGCAGAAAAGUAUCAAUUUGUAUUCCUCAAGUCAUGACGAGUUCCACUGAAGGAUUCACCAAAAUUGUGAUGACAGAAGACAUGAAAAGUCUUCCACUUUCUUAUUUCCUGAAAGUUCAUUCUUUUCUUGGCGCUGAUCCUCGCUUGUUGUCUGUUGCGAAAUCUAUUUGUUCUAGAUGUCUUUCGAUGCUUUAUAACUUGCAUUCGAAGAACAUUAUAUUGAGAACUCUUUAUCCAGACAACAUUUACUUGAAUGGUUUUCAAAACCAAGUAAUGAUUGGUUCUCUUUUGGAUUCUCAGUUCUUGGAAAGUCAAUUGGCAAUUCCUUUGCCACCAAAAUUCACUGAUUACAGGAAUCCUUUCCUUCCUCCAGAGUUCUUCCACAAGAAAGCUUCGGAAUGGACAACAGCUUUCGAUGUUUGGCAGUUUGGAAUGCUUUUGUUGUACAUUUUGACCGGAAAUUUACCAAAAUCUUAUGGAGAAGUUUUGAUGUCUUCUUUAUCGCAAGAAACAAUUAAAAAGUGUCAAUCAGAGAAACAAAGUUUUGAAGGAGUUUUGGAUGAAAAUGUCAUUUAUCCAAAACCAAACUUUUUCUAUGAUUGGUUAGAAGACUUCAAAGUUGUUUCUUCUUUGGAAAAAUGUACUGGAGAAUGCGGAGAAGUGUUUAUCCAGACAGAUGAAUGUAAUAUCAAAUACUCCUCGAUAUUACAAUUGGAACAUUAUUCAUUACUUCCUUACAAAAACACAAAACUUAAUUACGAUGAAUCGAAAUUGUUCAUCGAAAUUAUCGCAACGUGUUUACAAAUUGAUCCGGCCAAACGUCCGCCGAUAGAACAACUUUUAAGGACAUAUCCAUUCAAUCAACCAUCUACGUUUACGGAAACAGUUGAUUUGUACUUGAAAGUCCAUAACCCAGAUAUUUUCGUCAGCCAGUUCAUUUCCCCUGUUUUCAAAUCAAUUAAUUGUGACACUUUUUCAUUUGUUUUAGGUGUUGUUGAAUCUCUUAUGUUCCAUGACGAGCACGAUGAGAGCGACAGCCAGUUUGCAUACCCAUUAGAUAUGCAAAGUAACUGGAGAGUCGUUAAUACGAUGUAUCAACUCAGAUUUGUUGAUCAAUUCGUAAUUUUCGUCAUUAAAAGAAUGUCAGAAGAAAUUACUUUGUCAGAUGUUGUUCCAACGAUUUCUUAUAAUAACAAACACUUCUCAAAGUUACUUCAUUUCUUCAUGAGAUUCGUUUCUUCUGUAGAACCUGGUCAAGGACCUUUGACACCUUAUACAAAUGAAACUGUCAUGGCUUUGUUUGGAUUAUAUGCAGCAAAUCCUUAUUUGCCAUUUUCGAGUGCUCAGAUAUUGAAUAACUUCGAAAGCCUCAGCUUUUUGACUGUUGAAGAUCAAAGUACUUUGUUUGUUUUCACGCAUACAAAAGUUCAUGGAUUGAUUCGAUAUAUUUUAAGUACUUCUUCUUUCAUUGUCAAUGCUUUGAAACGGAAUGAAGAGAAAAGUGAUUGGUAUUUCAACCAAUUUCUUUCAUUUGGAGAAGCCGCAAGUAAUCUUGCACAUUCCUUAUGUUACGGUAUUGAAAAACAGAAAGGAAAUGCAAUCAAAACAUUGAACUCAAUGUUUUCUGGCGGAAUGUCUACAUCAUCUGCCAGAAUUUUCGUUGAUUUCAAGAUUAUCCACAAAGUUUUACAUUGUUUGCAUUUGCAAUCUGCAAGAAUUGAAGCUGUUUCGUUCCUUUUAAGUGUUCUCAAGGCAACAACACUAAAAGCAUAUGAUCCAACAUAUCAAAUUCUUUAUAAGACUGUUGUAAGUCCUAUAACAUUAUUACAUUGCUGCAACAUGAUGAAAAUUGUCGCUGGAAAUGAUUCAAUAAGAAAUCAGACACUUCAAGUUGUCAGAGAAAUUGUUCUUUUCAACUCUUUCAAUGCGACAAUUGAUGUUACAAUGUGUGGAAUAAUGUGGGACCUUUUCGAAACUCUCCGCGAACAACAGAUCUUUAAUUUAGUUACUGACAUAUUAAGAACAAGUUGCAUCCACACUCAAAAAUUGAUUUUGGAAUCAUCUCACCUCCAAAAAUAUUUAAUUCAGGGGGAUAUACCGAUAACCCCUGUUUUAGAUUAUAACCAAUUAAACAUGACCUUAGAUAUCAGUGAAAUAAGGCUUUUAGGAAAGCAAUUAACGCAAACAAUGUUUUUGUACCAAUACUCUUCGUUCAGGGACAAACUGCCAAACGUCCCGCCAAUACAAGAAUCAAUUCAAUAUUUUUCAAAGGCAAUGGCGGUUAUUUUACGCGAAAGUGAAAGUGUCACCAAAUUUUUUGACACGCAAGUAUUACGAGCAGCCAGAUUUGACUUGAAAGAGACAACAUUUCUCAAAGCAAAGAACAAAGCCAAGGAAUUAAAUGUCGCAACAACACAAUCGAUAAUUGUUGAGUUAUGUGACAUUAUGCUUUCUUUGUUCAAAAACAUCUGUUAUUUCUGGAGAAGUUCGAGAGCAAGUUGGUCGGAAAUGUUCAUGAAUCAGAUCUUCGAGUGGUGCACAAUGCAGAUCCCUCAAUCAAGAUCUAAAUGCCACCCGGCAACACGUGUAAUUGUUUGUUUCUCACAAUGCAUUUUGUUCAUUUUGGAAGAAAUGCCAAGAAAUUCGCCACUUUUUGUUUACGUUGUAAAUAAUAUUGAAAAAGUGACACUUAUCUUCCAUCGUGAUUACAAUUUCUGCAAGACGUGUGCACAGAAGAAUUCCGUUGAACAACAAGUCCUCGAAUUGUACGAAAUCCAGAAACAAGUCAGAUUUAAUUUGUUCAUCGCAUGUCUGAAAACAAAAAUUGUUGAAUGUGUCGAAACAAUGUUUAGGUUCUUUAUCGAUGAAAUGAUAACAAAUCCUCUUUGUCUAAAGUGUGAUGCAAUGCCAAGUUUGAGCAGGAAAAUUAAAUUUACUGUUCAAUACGAAUCAAUUGAAAUUUUGAAGUAUUUAACCGCCAAUUUCCAGCGGUUUGACAAAUGCAUUAAAGUUCUUUAUGAAUUAAUUUCAAAUGACAAAUUCAUAGAGAACCAGAGAAAAUUGAUCAAUUUGGAUGACAAUGUUUUGUUGAUGAAACAAAGUUUGAAACUGUUGAAUUUGAUGUUGUCAAGUGGUUACAUUACAGAUAAAACCUUCUUGGCAAAUGUCAAACUCACAAUCAAUUCCAUCAACGCAAAGUAUUACAGAGAGAUAAAAGAAAGAAAAGCUGUUGAAAAUGAAGGAAAUGAUAACUCAAUUUUCUCCGCAAAAAGUGAUAUCAAAGAUAAAGAAAAGGAAAGCAUUUCGAGAAGGUCUUUAGUACAAACGGCUAAAAGAGCAGCUAUUGUAGCUCCAAACCUUCAAUCAAGAAUAAGAUCAGCUACUUCUGUAGCAAGAAGAUCUUAUACCGGUUCUCAUUAA